CCACAUAAGCUAAAUACAUAGCUCUCAACUCAAUGCCUAGCUCUGAGCAUGUCUCAGAGACACAGAAGCCAUAAACAGAUCGAUUUCUCCAUUACCCAAAAGACCUCAUAUCUCUAUCUCUUCGACCUGUGAAAUCUCACAGACCAACCAGAUAAACCCUAGCUCGAUCUUCAACAAUCCCUCCCACCAAUAAUUACAGGCCGCGUGUCCAGCAGCUGGCUAGCAUCUAUUACUCUCCUCUCCCUCUCCAUCUUCAUUUUCCUUCUUCCCUGAGCCCCAAAUUAACCCUAAUUUUUGUUCCCUUUGAUUUCUUCCAAAACAAACCAGAGCCAUGAAAACUGAAGUGAGAGUAGGAAGCAGUACGUCAAUUGCUGCUUUACAGAAUCCGAGUCUCUUGAUCAACAGCACCACCUCUCAGGGCUCCCUUACCGGUGCCCUCAGAGGGUGCCUCGGAAGCCUCGAUGGGGCUUGCAUAGAGAAGCUAUUGCUUCACUGCGCGAGUGCCCUAGAGAGCAACGACGUCACUUUAGCUCAGCAAGUGAUGUGGGUGCUCAACAAUGUCGCUUCUUCUGUUGGUGACCCUAACCAAAGGCUCACCUCCUGGAUCUUAAGGGCACUGAUCUCAAGAUCCUCUAGAAUUUGCCCGAGUCUCAACAAUAACGGAGGCGGCGGACCUAACCCUAGUACUAGUACUACUAGCACCAUCGCGGAGGAGAGGAGGCUGAUGACGGUGACGGAGCUAGCUGGGUACGUUGAUCUAAUCCCAUGGCACAGGUUUGGAUACUGUGCAUCAAACAGUGCAAUUUUCCAAGCAAUUCAAGGGUGCUCAAAAAUUCAUAUCUUGGACUUUAGCAUUACGCACUGUAUGCAGUGGCCUACUCUCAUAGAUGCUCUGGGGAAAAGACCAGAAGGCCCUCCUGAUUCACUUAGAGUGACUGUUCCCUCUUGUAGGCCUCUAGUCCCUCCUUUGCUCAAUGUGUCAAUUGAAGAAGUCGGUCUUCGUUUGGGAAAUUUCUCUAGGUUUAGGGAUGUCCCAUUUGAGUUCAAUGUCAUCGAGAACUCCUCUUCUUUCGAGUUGUUAUUGAGCCAAUUAAACCCUACUUCGUUAAAUCUCAAGGACGACGAGGCCUUGGUAGUAAAUUGCCAAAAUUGGUUACGCUAUUUGUCCGAUGAUGAGGGUAGUACUAAUAGUGCUCGUAACAAUUUUCUUAACAUGAUUAGAUGUCUCAACCCUAGAAUCAUAGUCGUAGUGGACGAAGAUUCCGAUCUAAGUUCCCCGAGCCUCAGUUCGAGAAUCACCACAUGUUUUAACUACUUGUGGAUACCCUUUGAUUCCUUGGAGACUUUCUUGCCCAAAGAUAGUAACCAGAGGAUGGAGUAUGAGUCCGACAUUGGUCAGAAGAUCGAGAACAUUAUCGGUUUCGAAGGGGUCCAGAGAAUAGAGAGGCUAGAGUCCGGCGUGACAGCAUCUCAGCGGCUGAGGAACGCCGGUUUCUUGAGCUCGCCGUUCUGUGAAGAGACCGUCGGGGAAGUGAAGACCUUGCUCGAUGAACAUGCUAGCGGCUGGGGCAUGAAACGUGAAGAAGAUAUGUUGGUCCUGACGUGGAAGGGGCACAACUCGGUUUUUGCCACAGCUUGGGUCCCAAAUCAAAACGGGUUAAUGUUGGAGGAUUAAAAUUAUGGCCGGUGUAAGUUGUGUGUGGCCCUCAUAGUGUGUCAGGGGCAAAGACAAAGAACAAAGCAUAAUGGUUUGCUUUUUCUCUUCGUCAAAAGCCGCAAAUGAUCGAGCACAAGACAAGAAAAGGCAGAUGAUCAUCAUCUUGCGUUGAAUAAAAUGUUUUUUCACGAGCAGUUUGUAUUGAAGCCCUUGGAAAGCUAGCUAUGAAAUAUGAUCACAUGAAAGGCAAAGAGAGGAAUGGACGUGUUGUCUUCGGUUAUUGUAUGAGACAAAAUGUGGCACUUUAAUUUGUUUGCCCAUCUGUACAUGUGCAGGCUUUUGUUUCUUGAAAUAGUACUACAAUGAAAUUAUUAAGUUUACUUA